UGUUUGUAACUGUAGGUAGCCGAUAUUGCAGAGUAUGAUGACCAUGGUGGAUCAAAGCUGAAAAUGCAGCAAAAUGAGAAAGUUUCUUUAAAAACAGGUUCCCCAAUGGAGUCGCAUGCUGCUACUGUUUUUACGCCUUUUGCCUUUUCUCUCCUCCAAGAAGAGCUCGUUUCAGCCCCUCAAUAUGCCUCCAUUAUGGUUGGCGAAGGUUGCUUCCAGAUCAGACACCACACAGAGAUGGACGGAGGAUGCAAAGUGAUGUGGGACCCUAGUCAAGAACUCAUUCAUUGUAGUUGUCAUCAGUUUGAGUUUUUAGGCAUCCUUUGUCGUCAUAUUCUUCGUGUUCUCUCAACAAAUAACUGUUUUCGCAUCCCAGACCCUUAUCUGCCUUUGAGGUGGCGCCUUGUAUCGAAUGAGCACGUUGAAAAAGAGCAAACAGAGAAGGUCAAAUUUCUGGAAGCCAUAGCUUCCACAAUUGUUUCAGAAUCAGUGGUAACUGAAGAACGCCUGACUUUUGCAUGUGAGCAUAUGUCAAUGGUACUGGCUCACAUCAAACAACUCCCUAAGCUGAACAAUCAUAAUGAAGCAAAUGAAAUGGGUAUCAAUAGCUCAACAGGUUCACUGAUUAUACCAGGAGUCGAAGCUUCUGAUAGUAUUGCUCAGAGUUUUGCCCUUGGAAAUCCUCACGAAUCUUUCUUGGUCAAGUUGAAAGAAACAAAUCCAAAUCCUGGGCUUGAUAAUAAUAUGUCUGGAAAAAGAAGGCGUGCUAUUCCUUGUGAACAAUAUGCUCAUGCUGCAUGUGAUAGUGCAAUUAUUGAAGGUAAUAGCGUGCAUGCUGAUGGAGAUGCAUUCUGCGGCUUCUUGUAAAUUAGGAUCCUAGGGGUAAGUUGAAUUCUGCCUAUUUAAUCAAACAAAUGUAUAUAGAUACUAUCACCAUUUGUGGUCAAUUAUAGAGCUUACUGAAUUCCCAUA